AUGUCCCAUUACAGCCCUCACUCCUCGGCAACUUUCGAAGGAUACUACAAUCGGUUCCGACUCCCCUCGGGGGCUUCAGUAUGCCUUAUCGUUUCCUCUGUUCCUGGCGCACAGAAUCGUCCUUAUAUGAUCUCCUUCACACACGUCACUCGUGAUGGCAAGAAGUACUGGCAGAAAGAAUACUGGUCAGAGAAAUGGGAUAUCACCAGGGGAAAGGGGGAUGACUAUGCCAUAGAAUGGGAUGAUGGUAAAUUCGGUUUUAGAGAUGGGAAAGUAUUUUGGCAGAUGAAGACGAAAGAAGUUGAAUUUACUGCUGGUCAAACGGAUCGUGGUGUACCAUGGGGUCCUCAAGAUCCAAAUUCCACCCCUGCAGGUAUCGUCGCUCGGUUCCCUCUACCUAUCCAAUGGCAUAUACAUACUGUAGACUCGGAUUCUCAUUUCGCCCUGAAAAUAUCCGAAGUUCAACUUCCACCAGAAGAUCAUGAGGGUAUAGCAAAAGUGCACGUAGAGAAGAAUUGGGCGGUAUCUUUCCCUAAAUCAUACGUCUGGAUGCAAGUCAGGAAUGGGAACAAAGGUCUGUCAUUAGCUGGAGGGAGCUUGUUACCUGGGGUUCAAGCGUAUCUGAUAGGGUAUCAAGGGGAUUCAUUCGUAUCCUUCAUGCCGCCGACUUCGACAUCGAUAUUCGGUCUAUCCUUGGGACUGUAUAGUAAUGUAGUCUCAACAAAGGGGAUAAUAGAUAUAGAUAUAAUAGGAUGGUUCAAGAGAUUGAAGAUUACAGGUCGAUGUGAUCCAUCAACAUACUUCAGUUUCGCUGCCCCAUUGAACACUGGUCAUGCUCCGGAUUAUACUGUUCAGAGUUACGCUGCGGACAUCACGGUGGAGGUGUUUGAGAGGAGUUGGCCAUGGUCAGGAUGGACGAGGGUGGAGAAAGAGGACUUCACGGAAGGUGGGAUGGAAUUUGGAGGUGAUGCAUAUGACAGACAUGAAGAAUGA